AUGGAUCACCAUGGGCUGUAUGUGAUGCAGAGCUUUGGUGUUGGUGGCACUCCGUAUGUGGGCAUUACAGGGUCGGGGAACGAUAACUGGGUGAGGAGGAUUAAAAUGCCAAGUUUGAUUGCUCUGAUGAUACCGGCCGCCUUCAUAUACGGCGAUGACCGACUUUGCAAUGAUAUGUUGGGGGUAUUGGUGUACUCCUGGUGGAUAUAUCAUGACUUACGAGGGAUUUGCUAUAUAAAUGAUCUUGGGUUUAUCGGGGGUCGUCCUGCUUUAAAUAGUGAAGGCCUCAGGACGCUGACUUUACUUUUUUCCGCCAAGGACAUCCCAGCGCUUAAUGGUUCGUCGUCUUCACAAGCCAGCCAGACGUUCAGCAUCACGAUGAAUCCGGCGCACAGACACCCGGCCUCGUUUGGGUGUUUGGGUUCGUUCUUGAGACUGAGGCUGUCUGUCUUACCCGGGAACUUUUACGAUUCGAGGGUGCUGUCUGCGUCCUGGACUAUCCAGUACCUCCAUUCUACGUAUCUACCCAUAGACGAUAAGGAUAUCUUUUUCCGUUCUUCGUCAUCGUUCAUCACGCAUCUAUCCCCUCCUAUUAUUGUCUUCACCAUCGACUAUCUACUUGUCCCUAUAACCGGCCAAUCACCAGUAUCCCCACCCCGCAGCUUCUGUAACGAAACAUACUUAUUUUAG